UGUUAAUAAAUUUAUGGCGUUAACGGUUGGUAAGUAUUUUAAGAUAACGUUUAAAUUUAUUUGUUAAUGGAUUAAACAUAAUUGUGAUACUAACGUUAAUAUAAAUAAUUCUCCAAUGUUAUUGGGCAAGUCAUUCAUGUUAGUGAAUUUCCAACUUUGGAUCGUUUGGAUGGUUAUAAAAAGGACAAUGGUUCCGAGGAUGGUGACUCUCUACCGAAAAUUUUUUAUCUUAAAAGAUUGAUUAAGACGUGCCUAAAGCCUCCUGGAGAUAUCGUCAAAACUGUGAGUACCGGGCCGUUGGAUGGUUACAACAGUGAUGAUGUCGAAGAGCUGACCGGUGACGGCGAUAGUGACGAAGAGUCGUGUACCGAAGACGAAGGUUGUGUAGAAGAUGAUCCUGAAUAUCAAAUUGAUAACGAUGAAGAAGAUACUGACACUGACGAGGUCAACGAUCGCAUUGCGAGUACUGACGAUGAUGCUUCUGAGGUAAGCGAGGACGAGUACGAUUUUGUAGAUGACUAUGACGAAUGAGAUGACAGUGAUUGUGCGGCUGAGUCCGAUGAUGAUUUCUAUGAAGUGGAAGAGGACGAUUAUGAAGACGGCGUCGAAGAUGAUGAGGAGGAUGUUGACUCAAAAUAUAGCGCUGUGUCUGAGUCGGAGGAAGAGAACCUCGAUGGUUGUGAUGGUAAGACGAUCGAAGAACGUAAAACUGACAAAUUGGAUGAUUAUUCCGUGCAUCAUAAAAUCUCUUUUGAUCUUCGUGACUCCAGGUACGUAUUUUUUGUCUUAUAACUUAAUAUGUGAAUGUGUUUUUUUUUUUUAUAUUGACACUAAGUUUAUGUUGUUGUGUUAUAGUAAUAAUGUCUUGAAGUGUGAAUUGGUCGGUUAUGAGGCAGUCAAUUUCUACAAGUCUUUUAAAAAGUGGCAAUAUGAUGUUAUUAUUUGUGUGAUCCGAUGGGGUGUCGUGGACGUGUUUCAAGAUAAGCGAACUAUAACUGCAACAGAAUGCACUCAAAUCCGUUUGAAUCCUGGCAUUCCAGAAGUUGCUGAGUUUAGGACAUCGAUCUCAAGGAAGCGGACUCGCACAAGUGUUCCAAAGAAGAAAUAAUUAUCUCUGGCUUCUGAUUGGGGAUAUUUUACUUUCUGACUUUUUAUUCUUAUGGGCUUUUUUCCUUUUUACAUUUUACAAUACUUUGGCCGUUUACGUUCUAUUGAAAUAUCGUAUUCUAUU